AUGGCCCUCAAGGGGAGAGACGUGAUUCUCGCCGGAAUCGCGAGUUUCAUCGCCUGGGGCUAUGCGACAAACUGGUUCCCCGCGAUCCGAUGGGCAGGUCACGCCUUCGUAGCAGGCGUCCUAGCGACCCUGCUCGGUCUGCUGGUGCUCAUCUUGCUCACCUCUCGCGGCCUCAACUACCGGCGCAUCCACCGAUCUCCGCGACGACAUGGAGCUGCUUUCUUGGGCUCGACGGCCUGGAAAUCGGAAGUAGUAGCUCUCCGAAGCCGACAGGCCUACAAACCGGUGCCGCUAUACAAAGAGUCGCCGAAGAUCGAUCAAGCUCUCGAUGAUUUGCUUGGCCUUAUUGUUCGAGACUUCGUCUGGGUCUGGUACUCCAACAUCAGCCAGAACCCAGUUUUCACAAAUGAGGUGGACAAGGCGAUACGGCUGGCAAUGGUCAAUGUUCGAGACCGUUUGUUCGAUGUCGACUUACCCGAGGUGCUCACAGGCCGCCUGGUUCCAAUCAUGACCGCGCAUUUCCGCGAUUUCAAUGAAGCCGAGAGAUCUGUAAGGGGCAAGAAACUGAAUCGCUCGGUGACGGAAUCCGAGGAGCUGGAUUUGGCAAUUGCUUCAAAAUACAGAGAUGGGAAGCUACAUCCGGCGGCGAACUUGGCAUAUUCCGAUCUAAAGCUCACACAACAAGACUACCUCCGAAAGAUAGUUUCUCGAAUCUUGCCAAAAGUCCUCCCGGAAAAUAUGCUGAACAGCAGCGCUGUGGCCACUAUCAUCCGUGAGAUUGUGUCAUGUGCUGUCCUUUUUCCUGUCAUGCAGAUGCUCUCGGACCCGGACACGUGGAACCAGAUAAUGGAGAACUAUGGCCGGAGUGUGCUGCAGGACAGGUCAACAGUCAGAAAGCUUAGGGCAGCUCUCGAUGAGCAUGCCUUACCCGCGCCCCGAACAUCAAAGCCUAUUGCUUUCCCGAGACUUGCCCCGGGGGAUAGUGAGCGGCGUUUUGAGAAGUUUAUUAGAAUGAUACGAAAGGUCCCAAACUUGUCCGAUGCUAGGAGAUUCAGGAGCGAGGUCACCAGCCAGCUAAAACGUGACUCUCAAAAGGAGGGGCAAGAUCAAGUCUAUCUCAGACGCCUAGAGAUGGGGAAGAGACUACUCGAUCAGAGAGUGCAAAUUCUUGCUGCUGGUGGCGAUCGCCGGGCAGUACCAUCAACAUUUACUUUACAAACACCCCCAUCUUCGAAGCUGGAGAAUGCUCCCCUCGUUGAUUUGCUGCGAGACGCUUCAGGAUUGUCAUAUUUCAUGGAGUAUAUGGACAGGCAACGGCUGCUCAGUCUCGUUCAAUUCUGGCUCGUUGUUGAUGGAUUUCGCAAUCCUCUAGAAGAUGAAGGUCAGGAUGAUCAGCUUCCGCUUUCAUUGCCUCCAUGGACAGACUCCGAUAGGCUAGAUCUCGCCCAGAUUGAACAAGCUUACCUCUCCAAACCCGAACUUCACGUACCCGAAUCGUCUAAGCGUACGGUGCGGGAGUUUUUGGAUGCUGGAAAAGCCGCAACUCCAGAACAAUAUUAUCGAGCACGGAGGGCGAUAUUGAGGGCCCAAGGUGCAGUCCUGGAGGAAAUGCAAUCUGUGCACUAUUAUGGUUUCAAGAAGACUGAUCUGUACUACAAAUGCCUGGCUGCCGAGGAGGCAUCAAGGAGUCUAGCACCUCCAGCUACCAAUAACUUUAACCAGUCGACGAGCACAACACCACCGCCAUUGGUAAGAGCGUCGCAAUCGUUCACAGCGAAGCCAGCUCCUGUCGCCCGUUUGACAUCAAAACUUAACACGAAGUUUCCGAACCGUCGUGCGGAAUCCUCAUCUGAUCUGCGGUCACAUCAGAGUAACGGCAACGGAAUGGAUCCAUUAAUGGAGGGGCGCAGGUCUUUCGACAGCUCUUCUCCAAAUCCUCUAUUUGAUGACGACGAUAUCGAGAACGAGGGCCUGGCUGACUCCGUACAGAGUCUGGAUCAGGAUGUCGAGCAGCCACCGCCCGACACAAAGGUUGUAGAAGCCGUUGAAGAAGCCCUCAACAACAUUAUAGAAGAUAGCCGCCCUCCUACCGCGGAAGAUCUCCACGCCUCGCUCUUUGGCAAUGAAGACGCUGGUUCCAGCCUCUUCUCUGACGGUGACUCCAAACGGGGCUCGCUAGACAUAUCUCGAGGAGCACCCAGUAUAACGGGCAAAGAGCCGGAGAAGCCUAGUCUUUCAUCCUUGGGUCUCGUUAGUGCAGCGUCCCGCAUAGGUGUUUUCGUUGACGAUGAUCUAUUCGGCGACGAGGACAAGUACCUGUCUGACGACCACGAUGACGUAGAUGACAGCAAGAACGACGACGAUGCCGAUAAUGUUCAUGAAGCUGCCCCGGGGGAUCUAGGCUUGGCGGAGGCAAUCACGGUUCUUACUAAUGAUAUCGAUCGUCUGGUCGCUCAGGAUUCGGUUGUCGACUCACUCCUGAGGAAGGCUGAGUUGACAAACAAUAUGGCGGAACUAAGAAUCCUCCGCAAGUCCAAGGCCAGCUUACAACGAGAAAUUCGCAGGAAAGAAUUACAACGCCAGCAGUAUGUUGUUCAAGAAAGCGACAACAGCCUCUACGGGCGGUCUACUGUCAAGAUCAAGUCUAUCCAGGUGGGACGAGAAGAUGAUGGCAAGGAGUUUGCACUCUACGUCAUCGAAGUCCAACGGAACGCGGGCGAGAAGAUGCCCGCUGCCACAUGGAUUGUCUCACGGCGGUACAGUGAAUUCCAUGAACUUCAUCAGAAACUACGAUCGCGAUAUCCUUCAGUCCGGAAUCUGGACUUCCCUCGCCGCAGGGUGGUGAUGAAGCUACAGAGCGAGUUCCUGAAGAAGAGGCGCCAGGCGCUGGAGAAGUACAUGAGCGAAUUGCUCCUCCUGCCGGAUGUCUGCCGCAGUCGCGAUCUAAGGGCCUUCCUCUCACAGAGUGUUAUUGUGCAUGGACAAGAUCUUGUGGAUCGGGAAGAUAAGAAGGAUAUGAUCACGCGACUUUACGACUCCGUGACAGACGGCAUGGAAGAUAUACUGGGCAGCAUCCCUGUCCUCGACCAGCUCUCCGUCGCGGGCCAGAACUUGAUCGCCGCUGCCACGAGCCAGCUCAACACGAUGCCAGUCAAUCUGAACGAAGAUGCGAUGACGGCCGCUGAAGCCGAGGCCGAGCUCAACGCCUUCGAGAACAAGGAGCUGGAGCCGUUCGUCAAGCCCAUCUGCGACAUCUUCCUAGAGGUGUUCGAGCUCAACCGCGGUAACAACUGGCUGCGCGGCCGGGCCGUCGUGGUGGUGCUGCACCAGCUGCUGGGCGGGACGAUCGAGCGCAAGCUGCGCGACAACGUCAAGCUCCUGCUGCAGGAGGACGCGGUCAUGCGCUACAUCGGGCUACUUCGCGACGGCAUGUGGCCCGGAGGCGAGCUGCCGCGGAACAAGAAGCCGCGCAGCGCGGCGGAGAAGAGCAGGACGCGGACCGAGGCCAGCCUGAUGCUGGCUACUCUCGUCCCGGACUUGGCAGGGAGUGUCGUCGGCCGGCUCAAUGCACAGGCGGCUAGUAGGCGGAUCUUUGCGACCUUGAACAACUCGAGGCUAAAGUAA